GGAAAAGAAAAUGGAAACAGAAAUAUAGAUAAUAUAUUUUUGUAUAAUUAGUCAACUUAAUUGAAAAAUUAUUAGAACGCAGACGUGGUGAUAACACCAAUUUAUAACUGAAAAAUUACAUUAUUAAUCAGCGUAAGGGUUAAGCGUUUAGGCCGCCUUGUUAAUUUUUUUCCCCACAUAUUUUUUUUAUUUAUCUUUUCUUAUUUUUUAGGAAUAUGGUUUAAAUACCUUAACUAUUACUAUUAUUAUUAUUAUUACUAUUGAUAACAUCAGAGAAAUAAAUUCUAAGACUAGAGCCAAGUCAAAGCACUAGUACCUAUCUAAGGCAAUCGGCUUUAUUGAAAACUUUAGCGCAUUUCACACUUGAGCUUACGACUAUUCGAGUUGUUAGUCGACAUCCGUUGCGUACUCGCCCACUCAUACGGCUAAGUACCGUAACUUAUAUUCAUUCAUAUGAAAAAAAUGUAUUUCGGUAAAUUGAUUAACCCUUAAAGGCAUGAUUUCUUAUUUUGAAUUUUAAAAGACUGUUUCUUAUAAAAAUGUCGAAUAUGUCAUCAUAGCUUACGUAAAAAAUAUUUAAAAAGUCCCCGUGAUAAUACUGGGCAUUUGCUUUUGAAAAAAUUGUUAUGCAUACUUUUGGCAGAGAUAUGCGUUUAUUACUAACACAUACACGUAGACAAAUGAUCAGCAAAGCACUUCUGAAGUUGUAAGAAAACGAGAGAGUGUAUGCCGCCAAACAAUUUAACGAAAUAAAUUUUUCUAAAUAUAUGGAUUUUUAAAAAAUAUCAGUAGAUACUUAAAAUAAGUUUAUCUUCUUUAAACAGGUGAAAAAUUAGGAGUAAAAACUUUAUAUGGCAUUCCGAAAGUAACAAAGGCAAGGUGCUUUCUAGUGCCCAUGCACUCACUGCUGCUAUGGAUAUUUCAAAUAUUCACAGCAGUUGUGAUGAACGCGAUUACAAAUUUUUACAGCAGCAUUCCCUGCAUAUCACAUAUUCAACAAACCGAGUGCGUACAAAAACGCUAUUCAAGACCGUUAUGCCAUUGAUUUCAAAUUGCAGUAAAAACAUAAUGGGUCGUACGCAGCAACGUAUCCCGCUAACUUUAAACAUCCAUUUAGCAAUGGUUGCCUAUAUUGCUGCCGCAUUGGCCUCAUCAUUGCAAAUAAUUCAUAUUUCAGGCAGCACUACCACAAAUUUUUACUUUCGUAAGGGGAAUAUUUCUGUAACAUCAACAAUCGCAACAACAUCAAAUGCUACCACGAAAUAUUCAGAGGCUAUUUUGUUAUUCGAUAACUGUUCAAAAGCACACUGUAUAGAUACUAACGAGAGUUUCGCAAUUAACGGCGAAUUAUUAAAUACAACAGUGAACGCCACAGAUUAUACCAUUAGCUCGUAUCCUCUCGAGAGUUAUAAAGGUCUUUAUGAUGUCUCUUAUAUAGCGAAAACAAAUCCAUUUUGGCUCCAAUUCGAACCACCAAGCGAUGAGUUAUUCUUUAUUAUGGGACUUAUCUAUUGCGUCAUAUCAAGUGUGGGUGCUGUUGGCAACACUUUAGUUAUAUUCAUGUUUGUGAGAUGUAAAUCGUUACGCACUCCGGCAAAUAAAUUGGUCAUCAAUUUAGCGAUUAGCGAUUUGAUAAUGCUAUUAAAAUGUCCCAUUGCGGCUUAUAAUAAUUUUAAGCGAGGACCUGCUCUAGGUGAAUUAGCUUGUCGCAUUUAUGGCUUUCUCGGAGGACUAAGCGGCACUGCGUCUAUUGGUACCUUAACGGCUAUCGCUUUAGAUCGUUACAAUGUGGUUGUCCAUCCUUUAGAUCCAUUACGUUACACUUCCAAGUUGCGAACCCAUAUUAUUAUUAUGAUCAUUUGGUGCUAUAGUUGCCUUUUCAGUGUAAUACCAGCGAUUGACGUUGGUCUUUCAAUUUAUGUACCAGAAGGAUUUUUAACAACAUGCAGUUUCGAUUAUCUUAAUCGAGAAAUUUCCGCACGCAUAUUUAUGUUUAUCUUUUUCGUUGUUGCCUGGUGUAUUCCAUUAAUAAUAAUUUGCUCUUCAUAUUUUUACAUCUUAAGGGUAGUAUUUGCCGCAAAUCGAAUUCAGUCAAAUAGAGACAAGAAUAAGACUGAACAAAAAUUGGCGAUAAUUGUCUUUCUGAUAAUAGGGCUGUGGUUCGUUGCUUGGACUCCAUACUCGAUUGUAGCUAUGCUGGGUGUGUUUGGUCAAGAACAAUACCUAACACCAAUAGGCUCCAUGAUACCUGCUCUAUUUUGUAAGACAGCAGCCUGUAUAGAUCCCUAUGUUUACGCCGCUACACAUCCACGUUUUCGCAUGGAAUUUCGACGUUUAAUCUAUGGAAAGAAUCGGAUAAAGCGUUCAUCGACGAUACAAUCUUCAAUUUUGACCCGAUCAUCAACAGCUCGACGCUUGCGUACGUACAGCGAUGCGUGCAACCGUACAAACGAUAUGCCAGAAAGCAUAAACAAUCUCAAUUUAUCAGUGGUACCCGAGUUAAGGGAAGGCAGUCAGGACUAUGUCAAGGUAGUACAUCCAGACGUAGCUAAACAUAUAGAACAAAGUCAAUUUUGAAAAUGAAACACAAACCUAUUUCAUUUAAUUUAUAAUAACAAUAUAAUAUAGUAUGGAUAGUAUAUUAUAAUAGUCGUAUAUAGAAUUUAGGCGAACUGGCCCAGGGAAGAAAAAUGUUAAGUGCGUUGUUAUCGAAAGUGAAAAUAAACUAAGAAUUUACUUUUAAAAGAAAUGAAAACAAAAGGAAAAGUAAGUAUUUUGUCUAGUCUACGUAUAUAGAAAAGCUCGUUAAUGUUAAAUAUACAGAAUAUUUUUGUUAUGAUAUCUCUC